UACCACUCUGCCCCCUCUCCCUUCAGUUCAUUCACUCCUCUGAGCUCCUCUGAAUAACCUCAUUCGCCCUGCAGACUGCAGCUAGAGCUAGAAAUAAACCCCGGCAAACGCGAACACCCGACGCCAUGGCCAGGCCGCUCUCUUCCUUCUGCCUCCACCGGAUCAGGUCCGGCGGUACUGCGUCCACUGCCGCACCGCUGUCGAUAUGCGCCAACAAGAAGACCUCCUUCGACGACGACGGCGGCGGUGGCAUAUGCAAGUCGCUGAAGGAUGGCAAGCAGGAAGACGAGGAGGCUAACAAGAAGGGUGGCGUGGAGGCCGUCGUCGUGGGGAGGAAGGUGAUGGUGGCGGCGGACGGCGGCAGCGAGGAGGCCCGGACGGCGCUGCAGUGGGCGCUGUCGCACGCCGUCCGGCCCUGCGACACGGUGGUCCUGCUCGACGUCGUCAGGGGCGGCGCCGGCGGCGGCAACGGCAAGAACCGACGCGAUCCAAGAGGGAGUAGUCAGCACCUGGAGGCAAUGAGGAGCAUCUGCCAGGCCAAGAGACCAGAGGUGCGCGUGGAGGUUUCCCUGGCGGAGGGCGGCGGCGGCGGCGGCAAGGACCGCGGGCCGGCGAUAGUGGAGGCGGCGAGGAAGCAGGGCGUGUCGCUCCUCGUCGUGGGGCAGAAGAGGCGGUCCUCUGUCACAUGGCGGCUGCUGUCCAUGUGGAUCGCCGGCGUCAAGGGCGGCGGUGGCGGUGCCGGAGGCGGCUGCGCCAGCGCCGCCGACUACUGCGUGCAGCACGCGGCGUGCACGGCGCUGGCCGUCCGGCGCAAGAGCCGGCGAGGCGGCGGAUACCUCAUCACCACCAGGCGGCAGAGGGAUUUCUGGCUCCUGGCUUGAGGUCCUCAGUCUUGUAGGUGUGUUGGUGAGUGGUGACAAUAGUGGAAUACUGAAGGUUUAGACAUAUUUAUUAGGGGAAAUAAUGGAGUAAAAUGGUGAUGCGGAUUGCCGUGGUCUGUGUGUUUUGUUGCUGUUUUAGAACUGACAUGGAAUCAUGGAUUGCAAUAAGAAUCAAGAGGCAGCAUUUGGAGUUGUGUGCCAUCCAUAA